AUGCCGCAGCUGGUUGUCAGUGAAGAAAGGGUCGAGUCCAUCCUUUGCCUUGAUCCGAGCAAAGUCAGCGGUGUUCCCUCUGGGGCCGCAGGGCUCUCGGUGCUGCGGGUGGCGUACGGGGAGGUGUCUCAGCUCGGAGUCUUCUGCACGAACCCCAUCCCCAAAGGAGUCCGCUUCGGCCCUUUUGAAGGCAAAGUGGUCAACACCAGCGAGAUCAAGACUUACGACGACAACUCGCUGAUGUGGGAGAUCUUCGAAUACGGGCGCCUGAGCCACUUCAUAGACGGGAAGGGCACCUCUGGCAACUGGAUGUCCCUGGUGAACUGUGCCAGGUUCCCCGAGGAGCAGAAUUUGACGGCUAUCCAGUGCCAGGGGCAAAUCUUCUACGAGAGCUGCAAGGAAAUCUUGCCGAAGCAGGAGCUGUUGGUGUGGUAUGGCGAUUGCUACGUGCAGUUCCUGGGCAUCCCCAUCACCCUGAAAAGCUUGCCGGAGGGGAAGAGACCCCCGCAGCACCCCGAAGAAGCCGAGGAGAGCUUUAAGUGUGAGCGCUGCGGCAAGGUGUUUGCCUACAAGUACUACCGGGACAAGCACCUCAAGUACACUCGCUGCGUGGACCAGGGGGACCGCAAAUUUCCUUGUCACCUUUGCAGCCGAUCCUUUGAAAAAAGAGACAGGCUGAGGAUCCAUGUUCUCCACGUUCACGAAAAGCACAGACCUCACAAGUGCUCAGUGUGCGGGAAGAGCUUUUCUCAGUCCUCCAGCCUGAACAAACACAUGAGGGUUCAUUCUGGGGAGCGCCCCUACAAGUGUGUCUACUGCAACAAGGCAUUCACGGCAUCCAGCAUCCUGCGCACUCACAUCCGCCAGCACUCGGGGGAGAAGCCCUUCAAGUGCAAGCACUGCGGCAAAGCCUUUGCCUCUCACGCAGCCCAUGACAGCCACGUGCGGCGCACGCACAGCAAGGAGAAGGGCUGCACUUGCUCGGUGUGUGGCCAGCACUUCCCAGAGCAGGAGGAUUACCACUUCCACAUGAAGAUUCACACCGUUCAUUAG